GUUUAUUUGUGAAUGUCUAAAUGUGAGACAACUAAAAAGUAGCAAAUCCCGUCUCAAUUUCCUCAAUCUUUGUCCAAAUAAUUACUAUAUUCAACUUCGAUCUGUUAGAUUGGGACUCGUCAAUAGUAGAACAAUUUUGAAAUUCUUACAAUUCACUUCUGAUUUUCCAAAAUGAACGACAACUCUGGGAAUAAUUCUGAACGUCCGUUUACUACUGCAAUUGUUGCAACGAGGCCAGUAGUACGAGAAAUAAAAGUGGCAGAACAAGGUGACCGUUUAACUGCUAAAAGGCAAUCAUCAUCCAGCUCCCCCAGCACUUUAUCGCCUAGUCCUAAGAAAUCGGCAAGAUUGGCAGAAAAGCGCAAAUUACGCGAGGAAGCUGGACCUGGAACAGCCCAGGAUGACGAGUAUUACUUUACGCCAUACAAAUCGUGCCGAACGUACGGUGCGGAUAAGACGCCGACGACCCCACCUAAAACCAUUACAAGAAAUGAGGAUAACAUUUCUAGCAACUCGUUAUUGUUACAAUCUUCAACUACGUCAGAACAUUUAGAGAAAACCAAGGACGUUGUUAGAACUUUCGACGGCGCAAACAAUAUGGCCGCCUCAGAAACAAAAUUAGGCGUUGGGGAUGACAGUUCAGAAGAGGACAAGUGGUUUGACACUUUGGAUGUUGGAAAGUUAGACGAGGGAGUGGACAUUGACGACAUUUCUACAACGGCAAGACUGCUGACAGAACGACAAAAGUCUUUUAUCUUUAAGAAGGACACAGGAUUCUCCAUUGACAUUGAUAAUGGCAUAGAUGACGACACGGAAAUCCCAAAAGAGUUGGCCACAACUUCUGCAAGUUCCAUCAGUAUCAGCACACGGAAGGAAAAAUCUGAACGAAGACGAGUAUUGGCUAACAUGAAAAAAGAAUAUGAUAAGAAAAGGACAGUGGACCGACUCUUGAAGAAGCCACAGAUGAAACUUAGCAGGGGGACUGUAAUGAAAUCAAAGCAAGCAAGAGCCAGUGGACGUAUGAUAACGUAUGUGAAACGAAGAGAUACAAAUUCAAUUUCAUUCCCCGUGGGUUUAGACAUAUCUGUCUUUCAUGGACUCCAUGCAACAAAAGCUGUACAAAAUCCCCCAAGGUGUCAAGAGCCUCCCCAAUGUGGCGUAGAAGGAUGUACAAGGCUGAAAAAAUAUACUUGCUCCAAGACAGGAGUCCCUCUGUGUAGUUUAGAAUGUUAUAAAAAUAAUUUUAAACCAUCAUGACGAAACAAAUACAAGUCUUGGUAAAUUUGUUUAUUAAUAUAUUUUUAUAGAAAUUUAUUAAAGUUGAACAAAUUCAAUCAAAAUAUCUACUCAUUCACACAAAAUAAUUCGUAUAUAUAGACAAACAAUAAUUGUCAACACCGCAUA